AUGCUUCAUUGUUUUAAAAAAGGUGAUAGUGCAGACUGUAGAGAUUUAUACUGCGGCAGUAAUGCUACAAUUACUACGACUAUCCGCAAUUGGUUUAAGAGGUUUAAAGCUGGCAAUUUUGAUUUGAAAGAAAACCGCAACGGCUACCCAGCAGUAACAGAUAUGGACCUUACCAAGGCCAUAAGUUAUGCAAUCGAUCCAUCUCCACAAAGUUUAUUUAUACUAGAUUUACUCUAUUUUAAAAAUAUAAAAUAUUAUAUUAUAAAUAAUUUCUAUUUUCAACAGACCUUGAUUAAUAUGGCAUACUGCAUAUUGGUUUUACUCGGUAAAACGAUUCAAAAGCUUGUUUUCGGCGAACUUCGAGCAUCCGAGAGACAGCAUCUGAAGGAUAAAUUCUGGAAUUUUGUUUUCUACAAAUUCAUCUUCGUAUUUGGUGUACUAAAUGUGCAGUAUAUGGAUGAGGUGGUUUUAUGGUGGGCUUGGUUCACCGCGCUUGGCUUCCUAAGUCUCCUCAGUCAACUUUGCAAAGAUCGAUUCGAAUACUUAUCAUUUUCACCAACAACACCAGGUUGGAGUCAUGCAAGGCUUCUUGGACUUCUAGCAACUAUUCUUGCAUUAUCUUCCUUCAUGUUACUUCUAUGCACAGCUGCAGCAUUCUUCUUCGUUUCUUUCAAUACUUUUGUCUUCACUGCAGCUGAGUGCAUUCUAUUAGGUGUCAGAACAAUUCAUGUUAUGAUACGAUAUAUUAUUCAUUUAUAUGAUACUCGAGGAGCUGGAACUUCCUCACAACGUUCUUGGGAUAAAAGGGGUCCUUUAACAUAUUAUACAGAUUUAGCAGCAGAAUUAAUAGUGCUAGCUGUAGAUUUCCUCCAUCAUGUUCAUAUGUUACUUUGGAGUAAUAUAUUUCUAAGCAUGGCAUCCCUUGUAAUUUGUAUGCAACUUAGAUAUCUUUUCUAUGAGAUACAACGCAAAAUUACAAAACAUAGGAAUUAUCUUGCUGUCUUAAAUCAUAUGGAACAGAACUAUCCUAUGGCAACUCAAGAGGAAUUAGCAGAAAACUCGGAUAAUUGCGCUAUUUGCUGGGAGAAAAUGGAAACAGCUCGAAAAUUACCUUGUGCUCAUCUUUUUCACAAUUCUUGUUUACAAUCCUGGUUAGAACAGGAUACUUCUUGUCCAACUUGUAGACUUGCUUUAAGCAUGCAACCUAGCCAUCGAGAAAACACACAAGAAUUACAAAAUGAACCACAAACACCAGCCAGACGGAAUGAAAAUCAUUUCUUUCAUUUCGAUGGUUCAAGAUAUGUAUCUUGGUUACCGAGCUUCUCUGUUGAAGUUUCUCAUAAUAGAUUACGUGGGAAUAUUUCUACUAUUACACAUAAUAAUUCGCAAAUGGAUGCUAUGAUUAGACAGGUGCAGCAACUGUUUCCACAUUUUCCGCGUAAUCUAAUUGUAGAAGAUCUCAGAAUGACCAGAUCAGUUGAAUGGACAGUUGAAAAUAUCUUGGAUGGAGUGCUAAUAUCUCCUCAUCGUAUAAUCGAAGAACCACAAUCGGAAUCCGUCCUUCAAAUCCAUACCAGUACUAGUGAAACUAGUGUUUCUUUAAAUAGCUCUUCAACGCCAUUAUCUUCAGAUCCAAGAUUUGAUAUUCCUCUGACUGAUAGUGGGGAAGAACCUUCCAGUCUAGGAGGACGGUUUUCCAAAUCAUCGUCCGAAAGAGAACAAAUCCUACAGCGUCGUAAAGAGCUACUAAGACUUGCUGCUAAGAAGAGAUAUUUCGAAAAACGCCGAAAAAAGCAUGAAGUUGACCAACAUGUUUCUAAUGUCACCUCAUAAAAUAUUGAAAACAGAGAGAUAUAUAUUGAUAUUUUUGAUUUUUGUGCUUCGUAGCGGCCAUCUUCUUUAAAGAAGAUUAUAACGACUGAUUUUUUUGAGUACAUGUCCACUGAUAUCCAUUUACUUUUUUUUUUCUUUCUUUUUUUCUUUUUUAUUAU